CCUGUAAAUAGCUUGUUUUCAUUCAGCAAGUUCUUGACAGCGGUAGUCGACAGGGAUAAGUUGUAAAAUUAUGACUAAAGCAUAACCACAAUUAUGCCGACAAUAUUAAGAGCAAAGUGUAUAGUAGUUGGUGACUCUACUGUUGGCAAGAGCGCUUUAACACAAGUCUUUCACAGUGAUGGGACACAUUAUCCUAAAAAUUACACACUGACAGCAGGGGUAGAAUUGUUGGUCAAAGCGGUUAACAUUCCAGAUUCUAAUGACUGUGUGGAGCUCUAUAUUUAUGAUUCUGCGGGGAAGGAAAUAUUCUAUGAGAUUGUACAGAAGCAUUGGGACCAUCCAUCAGUUGUAAUGUUGGUGUAUGAUGUCACUAGUGAGACUUCAUUUGAUAGCUGUGCUAAAUGGCUGGAGAGAGUGAGAUCUCAAAAACCUGAAAUGCAAUUUCCAGGAGUUUUGGUAGCAAAUAAGAUUGACCUGGACCAGAGGAGGGUUAUCAGCCCCAAGGCAGGCAAAGAUUUUGCACAAUCAAAUGGACUGGAGUAUUUUGAAGUUUCAGCAAAAGAGAUGCAGCAGGUGGAGGCUCCAUUCUAUUUCCUGGCUAAUGAAUUCCACAAAAUGUAUAAAGAAAGGCUGGAGCAAUUUAAGACAUUAGCCUGAUGACAAAUUGAGAAAAUUUCAUUACAGAUUAAUUAUAUGUGAGCCGUAAAUUUUUUUGUCAUUAUGAAGUGAGGACAAAGUCUGGUUUCAGUUAUUGCAUUCUUUUGAAUCAAUUUAUUUUGAUUUGUACUUUAAAUGUUCAACCUGGCCAUAAAGUUUCUGAAUAUUGUUCAAACAUAAAGUGCUUUUAGUUUGUUGAGGACAUAUACACUGGAACUGUAUCAUGAUGCACAAUGGACUUUCUCUAUACUCAGUAUCAAUGCCCUGGGAUCAGCAGACUUGGGCAAAUGGCAUACUGCAAAAGGAAAGUCACUCUAUUCCUAGACAGUAUAAUUUGUUGUUAACUUUAUGUUGCUGAAUGCAUUUUUUUUUAUCUUAAACUGAUCCCGUCCAAGUUUUUAUACAGAAGUUUUAAGUAGUGCGUGUAAUAUGAGUAUAUUAACAAUUCCAAAAUAAAUUAUUUUAUAACAG